AUGUUGACUUGCUGGUUGUUUCUCCUUAUUACAUUCAUUCAUGCUGCGUCGAGUUCCCAGGGCUCGCUACCCGCCGCUUCAGCACCUGGGGCAUGCAGUGCUGCAGGCGACAAGAGCAGCAGUUGCUCUGCUGCUGUUGGGAAUGAUGACAACUCCAGGACCCUUAGAGAUCUCGAGGCUUAUGUAGCUUUUCUAGAGGGGAAGCUGGAGGAGAAACUGCAGAAGCAGGAGCAGCAGCAGUGGGAACAGCAGCGCAAUCUGUACGUCCUGUUGGCUGUCAGCAUUUGCCUUGCCGUGGUGUUUAUCGUGGCUAUUUCUGCUUGCAAGGUGUAUGUCCACUCGCUCCAGAACCAACUGCAAUGCAGCUUUCAGCGGGAGGAGCAGCGAGGGCAGCAGGACUGCUCUGCUGCUGGACUGCACCCACCACGCGGGGGUGGGGCCCCGCAGAAGUCGCCCUUGCGUCGUGAUCAAUCAAAGCUGUCUUCAGUAGAGAUGGAAUGGCCCCACCAGAAGGACCGCUGGAGCAGCAGUUGGUGCAGUGAGGAGACCCACCCUACAACUGCCCACCAACUUGACUUCGAUGACGACUUGGGCGACGACGAAGACGCCUGCCUGUAUCCUUCCAGUGAGGAUGUCGCCGACAGAGCGAGAGCCGUCGAGGAAGUACGGGCAGCAGCCGGGUUGUCGCCUGAACUGCAGCAGCAGCAACAGCAGUUGGAGGCCCGCUGCUCCCGUCUCUUUGAGCGGCUGCACGAAAUAACAGACGUUAGCAGGGCUUUUUGCAGCAGCAGCAGCGACUCAGAGAAAGAAGUCGCAGCAGACGUGGCGGCGGCAGGGGAAGCAGAUGAAGUUCAGGAACAGCCAGCUGCAGUAAAUGCACCUUCUGGAGACACCGCAAUAGUAGACGAGGCAGGAGAGGCAACCCCGCAGCCUCGGCGUCAGAAGAAGAAGCGGCAGCGUGGUGCAGCUGACCCCGCGCGGCUAGAGGAGCAGCGCGGGCUGUUGCAGCAGCUGCAGCAGCUCUUCCGAGAGAUAGAUGCAGCGUUUAUUACGAACAAGCCGGCUCAUGUUUCUGUGAUGAUCCGCUGCUGCAAUGCUCUUCUCCGGGCUGACGGGCUUGCAGUCCUGAAGGCUUGCGCUGACUGCCCGCCGCUGCACGCGGAGGCACAGAGCAUCAUUGAAAUUGUCGUGCCUUGCAUUUGGGCUACUUAG